UCAGUAAAUAAAUCUAUAUAUGUAAAUUUAAGCAAGACAACAACAUGAAGAAUAAUAAAAAAACAUAAAUAUAAAUAUAUUAAGAAAAAAGAUUGAUGCUAAAUGUGUAUAAAAAAACAAAGAUUUCCUGAUACACUAAAAUCAACCUCCCCGAAAAAAAUUUAAAGAAAUUCACAUUAACAAACCCCUUACACUUAUAUAGCUUAUUUAAUGUAUUCAUUGUAAUUCAUAAAGUAACCGUAACAAAAAUUUCUUUAAUAACAGAAAUUAACAUUUAAAUUUGACAUUUUUUUUUAGUAUUUCAACAAACAAAUUUCCAUAGAUACAAUUAAAGAAAAAAAAACCAAACAUAAAUCAUCAAUCGUUUAACUAAAUAAUAAAAAAAAUAUAUAAAGUAUUACCACAAGAAAAUAAAAAAAAUCAUAAAUAGUAAUACCAGCAGGCAUCAUUCAUAUACGAUAUACAUAUAAAAACCACAUUAUUUAAUAAUAGCAACAUGAAAAACAAAUCAUAACAAAAAAAAACAUUUCGAAAAUAAAAAAAAACAAAAAAUUUCAUAUAAUGAAGACAAAAACAAACAAAAAAACUAAAAAUUUUCACAUGUGGUUUUAUUUUCUUUGGCAAAAAAACGUUAAACAAUCAAAAUAAACAAUGAAAUGGAAACCUUAACAACUGAGGCAGUAAAAUGUGAUGAGUCCACAGAAUCUUCUGCCACUACAGAGAAAGCGGCAAAAACUGAAAGCAACAAUGAAGAAGAAACAACUCCUGUAAAGACACCAAAUUAUAAUUUGAAUAAAUUUCGUUUGCAGCGUAUACUUAAUAAUAAUACUCGUAAUAAGAGUAUAGCUUUAUUGGGUAAUUUCCCCGAUUCAUCGCCAAGUGAUAAGGCUAUUGUUAUAUUUGAAAAGAAAGCAUUCCAAGAAAGUGAGGUUGCUACCGGUAAAAACGAAGAAGAUGAAGUGGAAGAGAAUGCUAAAGAAAAUGGCAGUAAAAAAAGUGUUAAAGAAAAUGUGCAGACGGCUGAGGAGGAGGAGCCAAUGAAACCUACUUAUUUUUGCAGUGAUUUAAUAGUACAAACACAAUUUAUCAAUAAUAUUUACGGCAGUUAUCAAUGUACUCCACCGGCUAAAUUAAGUGGUGUUAAGGCUACUGUUGUUUAUCCAGCUACAGAUAAACACAUCGAAAAGUAUUCCAUUUGUCAGAAAUUUGUAAUAAACGAAACUCCCGAGCUAUAUAAAGAAAUAACACUUCCUUACAUUACCUCAAGUCAAUUUUCCCUAGAGUGGGUCUACAAUAUUUUGGAACAUAAACAAGAAACUGAACGUAUUAUUUUUGAAGAUCCUGAUCCAGAAAAUGGUUUUAUACUCUUGCCUGAUCUUAAGUGGGACGGUCAUAAUGUUGAAAAUCUUUAUGUCUUAGCCAUAACUCAUAAACGUGAUAUUAAAUCUUUGCGUGAUCUCAAUUCUUCCCACCUUCCUUUAUUGCGCAAUAUACGCUCACGUAUUGCUGAGGUAAUAGAAUCACGUUACGGUAUACUAGCUACUCAAUUACGUAUGUAUUUCCAUUAUCAACCAUCGUUCUAUCAUCUGCAUAUACACAUUAAUCCUGUACGCAAUGAUGCUCCCGGUAUUUGGUGUGAAAAAUCUCAUAUGUUAGAUACUGUCAUUAAUAAUUUGGAACUUUUAAAUGAUUAUUAUCAAAAAGCUACUUUACCGUUUGUUUUGUAUGAUGGCAAUAAACUUUUGGAAUUAUAUGAAGCUAAAAUGACCAUUAGAAAAGCACUUAAACGUUCAGCGGAAAAGUUGGAUGCUGCAGCAGAAGAGAAAGAAGAUGAUGUUAAGGCUAAAAAACCAAAACUUAGCGAUGAGACUAAUGAAGCUUUAGACGAACCAAAGGCUGUGACGAACUAAAAAUUAAGUUUGUGGUAUUAUCCUAGUGUUGGACUGUUAUGUUUAACGUACUAAGAACAUAUUUUUUUGCAAUUAUAAUUAAGUCAAAAUUUUAACAUUUUAUUAUCUUUAAAAACUAAUUAAAUGAAAAAAACUAUUUACGUUUAAAUCUUGAAAAA